AUGCCACCCUUCGGCAUCAAUCUCGCCAACAAAGCCAAAGCCAGCGGUGGCCGCCCCCCACCAGGCAACCAACCGCUCAACAAGCGCAAGAAAACCAUCUUCGACGAUUCGGACGACUCCGACGAGGACACCACCGCGCCCGCGAACAAGAAACCCAGCGCCAUUGAAAUCACCACCCUCGGCGGCCUAGACGACGAUGUUCUAACCCCAGCUCCAGCCCCCAAAGCUAUCGACACAGAUACGCAUCCACCCAAACGCAAACCCAACCUCACCAAUUCGAAACCCCCAACAACAGUAAAACCCCUAUCCAAAACCUCGAUUUUUGCCAACGACUCCGACCCGGACGAUGCCACCGCUGAAACAACGACAUACGGCCUCACCACCAAACUCAGCACCACCAAACCACCCGCCAAAACCUCCACCGGAAAAGAAUACACCAACCUCUCCGCCCUGCACAGCAGCCGCCAACACCACCGCAGCGCCGAAUCCCUCGACCCAAGCAUCUACUCCUACGACAGCAUCUACGACACCCUGCACGCCAAACCCGCUCCCAAACCAACCCCCGGUCAUCCCGACGAUGAGUCCACUCCGACAGUCCCCAAAUAUAUGACCGCCCUCCUCCGCAGCGCCGAGAUCCGCAAACGGGACCAGCUCCGCGCCCGGGACCGGCAGCUCGCCAAGGAGCGCGAGGCCGAAGGGGACGAGUUCGCCGACAAGGAGAAGUUCGUGACGGCCGCGUACAAGGCGCAGCAGGCGGAAAUGCGGCGGAUCGAGGAGGAGGAGGCUGCCAGAGAAGCAAAGGAGGAGGAAGAUCGACGGAAGAAUGGGGGCAAGGGGAUGGUUGGGUUUUAUCGCGAGAUGUUGGCGCGCGGGGAGGAGCAGCAUGCUGCUGUUGUUAAGGCUGCCGCGGAAGCGGCUAAGAACGUUAAGGGGGAGGAUGGGGAGGUUGGGGGUGCUGCUGCAGGGGAAGGUGAGAAGAGUGGGGAGGAGAAAGACAAGGACAAGUCGGAGGCGCAGGUGGCGGCCGAGUUGAAUGCCCGGGGCGCGCACAUUGCCGUCAACGAUGACGGGCAGGUCGUGGAUAAGAGGCAGCUGUUGUCGGCCGGGUUGAAUGUCGCGCCGAAGCCGAAGGUGGCGCCGCAACUGGAUACCAAGGCGGGGGCGAGAGUGGGUGGACCGUCGACGUCGAGGUUCGGCGCGAAUAGAGCAGGAGCGGAUCGCGGCGGCCAGCGCGCCAGACAGACGGAGAUGAUCGCGGCGCAGUUGGAGGAGCGGGCGCGGCAGGAGGAGGAGGCCGAGGCGGCGCGGCAGAAGGAGAUCGCCGAACGCAGUCGGAGCCUGAAGACUCAGGGCGAUGUCUCGAGUGCGCGGGAGAGAUAUCUGGCCCGGAAGAAGGAGCGCGAGGCGGCGGCG